UUCACAUCACCACCCCACCCAUCCCCUCGGUCCGUCGACUCGUCGUCUUCUUUCCGUCCAUCCCAUCCCGGCGGCGGCGGCGGCGGCGGAGGUGAGAGCAAGAGAUGUCGUCCUCGGGGACAGCGGCACAGCAUCUGCCGCGGACGGAGGCGCGGUCACUAUCUGGGCACGAGGGGGCGGUGCUCGCGGUGCGGUUCAACCGCGACGGCAACUACUGCCUGAGCUGCGGCAAGGACCGCACCCUCCGCCUCUGGAACCCGCACACCGGCGCCCACGUCAAGACCUACAAGUCCCACGCCCGCGAGGUCCGCGACGUCCAUUCCUCCUCGGAUAAUGCGAAGCUGGUGUCGUGCGGCGCCGACAGGCAGAUUUUCUACUGGGACGUCGCCUCGGGUCGCGUCAUCCGCAAGUUCCGCGGUCACAACAGCGAGGUCAAUUCAGUGAAGUUCAAUGAGUACAAUGCUGUUGUAGUCUCAGCUGGUUAUGACCGUACGGUGCGUGCAUUUGACUGCAGGUCACAAAGCAGUGAUCCGAUUCAGACUAUUGAUACUUUUCAAGACAGUGUAAUGUCAGUUAACCUAACAAAGACAGAAAUAAUUGCUGGCAGUGUUGAUGGUACUGUUCGGACAUUUGACAUUCGCAUGGGUAGGGAGACUGUUGAUAAUCUGGGGCAUCCUGUGAACUGUAUAACUUUAUCAAAUGACGGCAAUUGCUAUUUAGCUAACUGUUUAGAUUCUACUGUGAGGCUUCUAGACAAGUCAUCGGGAGAACUGUUACAGGAGUACAAGGGGCAUGCAUGCAAGUCCUUCAAGAUGGAUUGCUGCCUGACGAAUGAUGAUGCAUUCGUUGUUGGUGGAUCUGAGGAUGGUUAUGUUUUCUUCUGGGAGUUGGUGGAUGCGCCUGUUGUAGCAAGAUUCAGGGCACAUAGUUCUGUGGUAACCAGCAUCAGUUACCACCCAACGAAGGCGUGCAUGUUGACAUCUUCUGUGGAUGGCUCUAUUCGUGUUUGGACCUGAAGACUUGUCAUUGAUGUGUUGCACGUACUGUUUCUCCAAAUCAUCCAAUUAUCUAGCAGCAAGGAUUAACCAAACAAAGGUGGACGCAUGUUCUAACCUAGCUAAUGGGAUUCCUGUUAGACCGUGUUCCUGUGCCAUUAAGACGGUGUUUGGAUGGCUAUAUAUGAAGCACAGAACGUUUGAAGGCGGUAUUCUCACAUGUACACACUUCGUGAGCCUUUUAGAUGAUGGAAGGCAACUCGUGAGUUGCAUGAACAAGAUCACACUUUCUGAGAAGUUUCUUGGUCGUACUAGGACGGGUGUAAAACAACAUAUAGACAAGUGGAGCGAAAAAUAUUUGCAAAUCCGAACAUGGUUGUCCUGGCUGAUCUUUAUACUCGAAUGAAAAAAUCACCUUGAAGUUGUUA